AUGCAAGGCAAGACUGGUGCCAGUGCCACACGAGCCCUGCUGCCUCACCUCAACGGAAUCAUCGUUUUCUUCUACGUUGACGACAUCGUCUUCGCAUAUCAGCGAAAGAACGAGACGAGGGCGCAAGCCCUGGAAGCACAAAUGCGUGAGAAAUACCAGCUGACAGGUGGUAACAGCCUUCAGUGGUUUCUUGGCAUCGAGAUUCUUCGAGACCGCGAGAAAGGCUUCAUUUGGCUAUCACAAGCCUCAUACAUCGACAAGAUCUCGCGCCUCGCGAAGAAACACAGGAGCUUUGACACCCCGAUGGGGGUUAACGAACUUUUCCCAUUCAACGGCAUUGCUUCAUUUGCUGACAUCAAUUCGUACCAAGUGAAAAUAGGCUCCGUGCUAUACGCUGCGGUUAUCACGCGCCCAGACAUCGCGUUUGUAACUUCAAAGCUAUCAAAGUUCAACUCCAACCCGGGACCCAAACAUCACGAAGCGGCCGACCGCGUGAUCUGCUAUCUGCAGCAGACAAAAGGGCUGGCGCUCCGCCUGGGGGGUGGGGACGAUUUCGAAGUGGCAAGCGAUGCCUCUUUCGCCGACAACUCAUCAGACCGCAAGAGCUCUCAAGCUUUCGCAAUGAAGCUAUUUGGAGGCCUCAUCGCGGCAAAGGAAUCGAUAUACGUGGCAACGCUACGAACCAAGCUGCGGCACGUCGACAUUCACAACCACUGGCUUCGCCAAGAAAUCACGAACGGAACCCUCGAAGUCAAAUACACACCAAGCGCCGAGAUGAUGGCCGACGGUCUCACCAAGGCCCUCCAAGGACCUAAGUUCCAAGCCUUUGUCAACCAAAUCGGCCUCCACGAUAUCUCCGACCGCCUUGCGUCACGAGAGCUCCCCGAAUCGACCGACUCAAUACUUCAAGAACAAUCAUACAAGAUGUGGGAGGACCAAGUUGUGUAA